AAUUGUGCAUAUGCGAAAUACAAAGAACGAAACCCUCAUUGGCGACAAGACGGAAAGAAGGAUAACGUCCAGGAGACUAGCUGAGUGGUAGAAGCUACUAAGCCAGAAACAAACGCAUUGCUCCUCCGAUUCUAUGCCUUCAUGCACCAUGUCUUUGGCUCCAUUGAACCACAGUGCAGUCGCUACCAGCAUUUUCCCUCACCUAUGUCCUCCGUCCUCCUCCCCAUCAUCCUUUUCACUGCCAUCAUUCAACCCUGCGCUCAACCUCAAACGCAGAAAUUCUACUGGUUGGAGAGUUCGAUGCUCCGUCGCCACUGUUUCUCCCUCUAAGGUCAACGACAGUGGUAAUCCUUUCCCGACGUUUGACUGCGUUAUCGUUGGCGCAGGAAUCAGCGGUCUCUGCACUGCCCAAGCCCUCUCCACCAGCUACCCCAAUUUGUUGGUGACCGAGGCCAGAGAUCGAGUUGGCGGUAACAUCACGACUGUAGAGAGGGAAGGUUAUCUCUGGGAAGAAGGUCCCAAUAGCUUCCAGCCUUCGGAGGCCGUGCUCAGGAUGGUGGUUGAUUGUGGAUUGAAGGACGAUUUGGUGUUAGGGGACCCCAAUGCACCGCGUUUCGUCUUCUGGAAUGGCAAGCUCAGGCCGGUACCUUCCAAGCCCGCGGACCUGCCCUUCUUUGACUUGAUGAGUUUUCCCGGGAAGCUCAGAGCUGGUUUUGGAGCCAUUGGUUUUCGCCCACCGCCCCCACAGGGGCAUGAGGAAUCCGUGGAGGAGUUUGUGCGUCGUAACCUCGGAGAAGAAGUCUUUGAGCGCUUAAUAGAGCCAUUUUGCUCUGGUGUAUACGCUGGUGAUCCAUCAAAGCUGAGUAUGAAAGCAGCAUUUGGGAAAGUGUGGAAGCUGGAGGAAAAUGGUGGCAGCAUAAUUGGUGGAACCAUUAAAGCACUCAAAGAGAGAUCUAAAAUGCCCAAGGCUCCUCAAGAUCCGCGUUUACCUAAACCGAAGGGUCAAACUGUAGGUUCUUUCAGGAAAGGCCUUGCAAUGCUGCCCGAUUCAAUUUCUUCAAGGUUGGGAAGUAAAGUAAAGCUCUCAUGGAAGCUUUCCAGUAUUAUCAAAACAGAAAAUGGUGGGUUUAACUUGACAUAUGAGACGCCAGGAGGAUUUGUAACUCUGCAAACAAGAAGUGUAGUAAUGACUAUUCCAUCCUAUGUGGCAAGUCCCAUACUACGUCCUCUUUCGGAUGCAGCAGCUGAUGCACUUGCUAAGUUUUACUAUCCACCUGUUGCUGCAGUCACCAUUUCAUAUCCAGAAAAAGCUAUUAGAGAUGAGUGCCUGAUUGAUGGUGAACUUAAAGGAUUUGGCCAGUUGCAUCCACGCUCCCAAGGAGUUGAAACUUUAGGAACUAUAUACAGCUCAUCACUUUUCCCCAACCGUGCUCCACCUGGAAGGGUUCUUCUUCUGAACUAUAUCGGAGGAGCAAAAAAUACUAACAUUUUGGCUAAGUCACACAACCAACUUGUGGAAACAGUUGAUCGCGACAUCAGAAAGAUGCUUAUCAAGUCUGAUGCUCAAGAUCCAUUUGUUUUGGGUGUUCGAGUAUGGCCGCAAGCUAUUCCACAGUUCUUAGUUGGUCAUUUGGAUACAUUAAGUGCUGCAAAAACUGCAAUAAGAGAUGGUGGGCUUGAAGGUCUGUUUCUUGGGGGCAACUUUGUAUCUGGUGUAGCUUUAGGAAGAUGUAUAGAGGGUGCUUAUGAUGUUGCUGUUGAUGUAACUGAAUUUUUGUCCAAGUAUGUUCGCAAGUGAGAAUGCCCUACGAGAUUGCAGUUCCACGUGGUCCUUAGGGCUCCCUUUUAAGAGGAUCAUGGUGCACGAAAUGAUUUAACAUUGAAGAUAAUUUCAGUAUCAAAACCUUUCAGUUUAUGGCAAUAUUUAUUUGAAGUUUCCUUGUA